AUGUCUCUCCCUACCCCUGGAUGUGGAAACGCCAGCGCUCUGCUGCAGCCUGCCUUGUAUAAAACAUGGGUACCUGGACGCCAUGAGAAUCCUUGGGGGGAUUUUCUUCUCCCCCUGCUCCAGAUCUGCCUGGGGGAGUCGGCCCGGGAUGAAUUCCACGUGGUGGAGGUGGUGGCAGAGGAGGGGGACGCCCGGACCCCGGUGCCCCUCGCCACGCUGAAGCCGUCGGUGCUGCCCAUGGCCACACUGGUGGGAGUGGAGCUGACCCCCCCUGUCACCUUCCACCUGAGAGCCGGCUCGGGGCCCGUCUACAUCAGCGGGCAGCACGUCUCCAUGAUGACCUCAGAUGAGGAGGAGGAAGAAGAAGAGGAGGAGGAGGAAGAAGAGGAGUCCCCUGAGAAGCCCCCCAAGGGCCAAACCUCCCGGAAAGGCGGCGCUGCCAAGAAGAGAAAGCUGGAGAAGGAGGAUGAGCCGAACAACACCGUCCCUGAGGAUCCCCUUCCCGGCAAGGGCCGUGGAGCCGGAGGGGCAGGAAAGCAGCGCCGAAGAAAUGAUGGGAUGUGUGGCAGGUGCGGGAGAGCCCGAGAGAGCAGCUCUGGUGCCGGUGUCGUUCCUAAAUAAAGGAUAUUUUGCA